AUGGAUAUAAGAUUUUGGGCGAGAAAGGAGAGAAAAGAGGGAGGAGAUGUCAUCGCCGGAGGUGGCUGUGGAGGAACGGCGGCGAGGAGGAGGAUGUCUAACUGGAUGAAAAAAUUGGGAAUGGGAAAAGGAAAGGGUCCCCUGAUUCGUCCUCUUGCAAAUCCGGUGGAGGAGAGUACUGCGGAACGGGAGGGCAGAACGCACAACCGUAAUGUUACCAGUUCUAAACGUCGUGGGGAACGGACUGGUGCUUUUGUACAACCACGUAUGACAAUUGAGGAGGAGGAGGAGACAGAGGCAGAGCCCGAGCAGGAGAUGGAUACAUAUAUGGAUCCCCACGAGGACGAGUACGAUCCAGGACUACGUUUUCAGCAGAAGUAUCAGUUCCCGGUGCCUGAUUUGCCAUCCGAUGAUGAUGACGAGGACGGUUUGACUCCGCCUCCGCCUCCGGCUUAUACAAUGGCUGGUACUUCCGGUGGUUCUACUCUUGCCCCAAACCCGAGGUCCCGGACCGGUCCGAAAAAAACUCUUCCUACUCGACCGUGGAAGUUGAUUGGUGAGACACCCGGUGGACCAAAAUACCCUCAUUUGAUUCCGAUUUUUAGAGCCCAUAUUGCCUACGACAUCUGGGAGGGAAAGGCUUUUAUCGAGAGGUGGCAGCCAGACACCAACAACUUUCAUAUGCCGUUUGGAGAGAUGACAAUUACUCUCCACGAGGUGCACUAUAUCAUGCAUUUGCGAGUUAGUGGAAAGCGCCCUAACGUUUGGAUUGAUAAGGCAAAUGCGAUUUAUGCAGGUGCGAGAGCGUUCGGUGUCGAGCCCCGAGAUAUGGAGAAGUGGUAUGGCGGCGGAUCCCGGUUAGAUGAUUUGGAUAGGAUGUAUGGCGACGAUUCUUCAUUUGCUUCCGAGUUUCGGGUACGAGCAUAUAUUGCGUACUUGCUUGGAAAGCUAUUGUUUGUCGAUAAAAGUGGAUCGAAGGUGAAAGCAGAUUUUUUCCCACUUUUAGAGCAGAUCGAUAUGAUUUCUGACUAUUCCUGGGGUUCGGCUACAUUGGCCUAUUUGUAUCGACAAUUGGGCAUGGCUACGCGAGCUGAGGCGGCGCAGAUGGGUGGUUGUCUGACACUGUUACAGUGUUGGAUAUAUGAGUAUUUUCCGUGUUUCCGGCCUCCGAUGGUUAACGCACAUGUGAAUGGAGAGCCCUGGUGUAAGAGGUGGCAGGUGAUACAUCAUAUCCCUAAAGACGAGGAUAUACUUGUUGAUUAUCGUCGACGUCUUGAUUCUAUGCGUGCGUCAGAUGUGAAUUGGACGCCAUUUGGAGUGAAUGUGUCACGUGAAGUUGAAAAGACGGUUCAUCACGGGACUAUUCGAUGGAUGGAUACGGUCGAGCCUUACAUGCCCGAUAGAGUUUUGCGUCAGUUCGGAUUUCGGCAGAUUAAACCGUCGGACCCUAUUCGUCCGCUAAAAGGUGCUAAGAGGGAGAGAAAAUUAGCAUCUUACAAAAUUAGCUACGAGCCUGGCGAUCAGAUGUGGAAUAUCCCUCACACGCACAUGCUUAGUGAAGAUUAUUAUUGUCAUUGGGCGCGUCCGGCUUGGGAGUCGACACCGGAGUAUUUGCCGUGGUAUAUCGACCACACCCACGUCCGUAUACAUCCUAGUACCGAGCCGGUUGAGAGAGCGGAGCCAUCUGCAGUUCCGUUUGUGUACGACAUCACCCGGGUGUUGCAUCCCUACUUCUACGAUAACUUGCCACCGCCGACUAUUCCAGGAUAUCGACAGAUUCCCGAUGACUUUUUCAGGACGAUCCAGGACAUGUGCGCCCCAUUCGCCGAGUAUCUACAGUUGGAUCGUCCUAAUGCUUCUAACGAACAAGACGCAGGAUACUCACAUAUGCGACAUUCUCAGCGCAGGCGUCGGACGAGAGAUACGCAGGUGUUUAUUUUUUAUGUUUUUAUUAUUCGAACUUCUUUGGUGUUGAUGUUUUUUGCUUUGAUUUGGACUUGUUGA